AUGAUUCCUACGUCAAAUACGCCUGGGGACACGAUGAAAGUGUGUGAUCAGCACUAUCUGAAAACCCUUAGUUGUGCUCAUCAAUGGCUAUCAGUCAUCCCUAUUACACGCAGUUAUCGGGACCCGCGGAAUGGCUGGGGCGCUACGCUGGUGGACUCGAUGUCAACCCUCUACGUCAUGGGGCUCAAUGUAAAAGGACAGGCUACUUCAGUUUUCGAGACGACGAUUAGGUAUAUAGGAGGAAUAUUGUCUGUUUACGAGUUAACAGGAGCUAGUCAGCCAGGUCUACUAGAAAAGGCCACAGAAAUCGCCCAAAAACUUGAGACGGCCUGGAUGGGAAACUCGUCUAUUCCCUUUGCAUGGAUGUAUUUUGACACAAAUCAGCACAACCAACAGGAAACUAUCACGAUAGCAGAAGCGGGCUCUUUGACUAUUGAGUUUGACAGGUUAUCAUACUGGACAAAGAACUCCUCUCACCGUAUCCUAGCAGACAAAACCAGUCGCCACAUCAUGAACACUAUCACCCGUUUUGCAGACAACACUCAUGUCUUUCCGGGUUUGCACCCCCAAACAUUGGAUUCUGCCACUGGAACACCAAGGGGAGACAAGGUGGGAUGGGGAGCCAAUGUCGAUAGUUUCUUGGAGUACGGAGUGAAAUAUUGGCAACUGAUUGGUGAUGAUGCCGUAGAUUACAUCUCUUACUGGCAACAGGCCGUAGAUUCUUCCAUUACUCACCUUCUCAAGUGGUCUCACAAAGAUGCACAUCCUUACCUCGUUGAGUAUUCUGCAAAUGAGGGUGGCAUUUCAAAUUUUAUGACUCACCUUGCUUGUUUUGCCCGAUUGAAAUUGGCCGGAACAUGUUAUGAUUCGUAUAAUUCUACCAAAACCGGAUUGGGGCCAGAUAGUUUUUCAUACCAUGAAAAUCUAUAUGCCAUCAACCCAGAAUUCAUCUUGCGACCAGAAGUAGUCGAAAGUAUCUGGUAUGCAUGGCGACUGACGGGUGACUCCAUCUGGCAAGAGCGAGCUUGGGAGAUUUUUUUGGCUCUCGAAGCACAUUGUAAAACUGAUGCGGGUUACCAUGGUUUGUACAACGUUAAUAACCCCCAAGGGGGCUUCAAGGAUGAAACAGAAUCCUUCUUAUUCGCUGACCUUAAAAAUGAUCAUCUCCAAAUCACAGUACCUAUACUUGACGUUUACGCCGCGAGACCAUUUUUCAUUGGAUGA